GAUGCUUCAUUGCGUUCCACUUGUGGGGAGGGGACGCCAUUAGAGGUCACCAGGCAGGAAAGAUGUGGAUUAACGCUUGAGUCCAUGGACAAGUAGCCAAACAAUGUUACUCUUCCGAAAAUUCAAAGAUGCGACGUCGAGCGGACAAAUUUCUCUGUCCCCGCUUGCCUCACCGCGGCCGCCAACGACCACAUUUUGCAGCACUAUCUCACUAUCGAGUUCCAUAUGUCCAACUCCAGUAUGACCAGCACGCCCACCAUUGCCAGGUCGCCGCCGGAGCUCAUCGCGCCGGCGGUGCCCACCCCCGGUGGCACCCUCCCUCUCUCCUCCAUUGACAGGACCGCCGGCGGCGCCGGCUUGGUUAAUCUCAUCCAGGUCUUCCCCCCUCCCUCGUUCACCACCGCCCGCAAGAGCCAGGACGCCGCGGCGGCCCUGGUCGCUAUGCGCGACGGGCUCGCGAGGACUCUUGUACCGUACUACCCGGUGGCCGGCCGCGUCGCCCCGAGUGGCCUUGCAGUGAACUGCACCGGCGAGGGCGUCUGGUUCGUGGAUGCCGCCGCGAGCUGCACGCUUGCCGACGUGGACGGCCUCGACUCCAGCCCGCUGCUCAUCCCCGGGGAGCUCCUCCUCCCGCGCCCUGCCCCCGGUCAGAAGCUCGACGGCCUCAUCCUCAUGGUCCAGGCGACGAGGUUCACCUGCGGUGGUUUCGCCGUCGGGAUCAGCUUCAGCCACGCGGUGUUCGACGGCCAGGGCGCUGCGCAGUUCCUCACGGCGGUGGGGGAGCUAGCGCGGGGGCUCCAGGUGCCGUCAGUGACUCCGGUGUGGCACCGCGACGCGGUCCCGGACCCUCCCAGCCCGCCGCCGCCUCAGCUCACGGAGUUCAGGUUGGUGGCCCAGGUGGCCGACAUAUCGGCGGAGAGCAUCGCGCGCGUCAAGGACGAGUUCAACCAGGCUGCUGCGACAUCGACGGGGGAGGUUUGCUCCACCUUUGACGCGGUGACGGCCGUGGUGUUCAAGUGCCGAGCGCUGGCACUGGCGUCCGCGCCCCCUGACGACUCUGAUGUUCGGAUCGCCUUCGCCGCCGGCACGCGGCACCUGCUUCGCGGCGUGCUGCCGGCGGUGGAGGGCUACUACGGCAACUGCGUUUACCUGGCGUGCGUCACUAGGGCGGGCAAGGCCGUCCGGGAGGCGUCACUGGCGGAGCUCGUCGGCGCGGUACGGGAGGCGAAGGAGGCGGUCCCCGCGCGGUUCGCUGGCUGGAUGCGCGGCGUCGAUCACUACGACGUGCCCCUGGACUACAGCACGGUGACGGUGUCAGACUGGAGCCGCGUCGGCUUCCACGAGGUGGACUACGGCUUCGGCGCGCCAGGGGAGAGAGAUGCACACCUAUGAUGUAGCCACAGGAUACUGAAGACCAUCCGCCGCUGCGUAGACGGGGUCCAUGCGGACGUCCUGCUCAUGACCUAUCACGAGCAUAACUACAAUGGAAAGAUGGUAUGCUCGUGGGACGACCACCAUCGGAUCAACCUCGAAGUACCCUUAGCAUGCCCCAUGCAGCAUCGACAUCCUCGCUGACCCCCUGCUCCGAAGGGGCCAUUCAAUCAGGCCACUAGCCGGCCUUGAGGCCUACAUGAUGGCAAGCACCCGUGGAAGGUUCGAGGGCAUUGUCCGGGUGCGCCGUCGUCGCACACAAGGACCUCACAUUCUUUUCCUAUUUCUGUCAUCUUUUGCCCUACAGAUGACACAUAAUAGAACAUGAUUUUAGACAAUAGUGGAGGCAAAUCACUAAACUUUAUAUGAAUCAAAAUUCACAUGUGAAA